UGCAUUAUAUAAAUUAUUUGCCAUUUCUCACUUUUUUUGCUGCAUCUCAGUUUUAUUGUGGUCGUUAGAGCAUGUAAUAGUAUGAAAUUAUAGUGGGAUAAAAUCAUAUCAGGAAUAAUACAUAGUAUGCUGUAUCCGCGUGUUGGAUAACCUAUUAUGAGGAAGUUUAUAUAUGAUGUGAUGAUGGAAAGUUAAAGAGUUCGCCUGAUUUGCGAAUAUUCAAACAGGAACUUAUAUCAUAACAUAUUACCGUACCUUUCUUUGAAGAUAGCAACAUCAAUUGCUUGUGCUACAUAACGUAAAAAGGACUUGUGAUUAUAUUACUAAAAGUACGAAACAUGCUGGAGGUAAGUCGGAUAUAUGGCGCAUUGACCUGACACUAACAAUGAAAGUAAAGGAACUGAACUUUAAGGUCAAUCUGACCUACGGAGAUGAUAACAUUCAAGAUGAUGGGUUCGAAAGUUUGUUACAGCUUAUGUUUAUAUUCUGGGGCGUCAUUAUACCAAUCAUCGGCAUUAUUGGAAUCGUAGGGAAUAUUUUGACUGGGAUUGUUUUAUUCCGACGAGAGAUGAGAUCUACAACAGUCUUUUUCUUGAGAACGUUACUAAUAACGGAUACUGGAAUAAUUGUUUGUGCAAUCAUGGGAGUAUCAGUGAUUUCCAUUACACAGCUGGAUUCUAAAGAAUUGUUAUUCAAUGAUGUGAUUUACCCGCAUAUUUUUACACCAAUAAAUUACUUUGUUAUGGCACUUCAGACGUUAAAUGUUUGGACAACUGUUGCCGUGUCCGCGGAACGGUAUAUCGCAAUUUGUUUUCCGUUCAAAUCUAUAAAUCUAUGUAACAGACGCAAUGCUUAUAUUAUAAUUGGUGUCACAACACUGUUUUCGGCUGUUUAUAACAUUCCGAGAUGUUUCGCUACAGGAUUUACUACAUGUGGUGACCGUUGUUACAUGAUCAUAACUACAGAUUUUGGCAAAACCAAAUUUUAUACAACUGUUUAUAGCGAAUGGCUGUACACAAUUCUUAUUUAUGUUAUUCCUCUUCUAAUUUUAGGAGUUUUAAACACUCUGCUUAUUACAGAAUUGACGCGCAUGCGUAGAAGAAGAAGCGUAACAAACAAUAAAGAAAACACAGAGUUUAAUUUAAGUAUUGUCCUAGUGAUAAUUGUUGUGGUAUUUAUUAUUUGUCAGACUCCAGGAUUAGUGGCACAAUUUCAUUUUCUGGACGCAAACUUUUUAAUGAAAUGGACCUGUGUGAGUAAUACGCUAUUUGUGUUGAAUUCGUCCGUGAAUUUUGUUAUUUAUACUGCGGUUGGAAGAAAAUUUAGAACACUUCUUUUGAAAAUAUUUAAAAAGUGUCUUUUUGGCACUGAGGAUUCCUCGAAUAUAGAUAGAGAACUAACUACAUUAACAACAAUAAAAGACACAUAUGGACCGCGCACAACAAGUGAUGAACUAACUGCUUUAAAUGACAGUGAAUGAUAGUUUUAUACUGGGGUUUAAAUGAUAAGAAGAAAAAGUAUUUUAAUAUUGUGUUUUUGUCGAAAAUCUUCCCUCAUUUAUAUGAUACUAAAUGUUAUAAUAACUUAUUCAGACGUUUUUCUAGGACUAUGAUCCUUAAAAGCAUUGUUUCUGGACACGCUGAAUUUCGCUACAGUUUACUAUGAGUAUCAUAUUUUGCCCAUUCCAUUGGAAAACCUGUAUUAUUGACAUUAUUUAAUUCUAAAUAAUAAAUAAUUUAUAAUACUUGAA